AUGAACAACCCAAAUAUUUUAAGAGUCACAAGAAGUUCUACUAUCAAUAUAGGUUUAGAUAAGCGGGUUGCCAAAAGUGUGGGUAUAGAAAGCCGUUUAGAUAUGUUUGAUGAUAGUGAUACUUUACCUGAUCUAGAAGGCCAUCUUUCGAAUGAUAAUGAGAUUCUUGUCGAUGAUUUUAUCUCAGAAAACAAGAUGGUGAUUUCUAAUUGUAAACGAAAAGUUAAUGAUAUCAAUGAUAUGGAAAACGAAGACAUGGAUAUGCAAAAGAGGAUUCAUAAUAGUAUGUAUGAUGUGCAGACUCAAAUGAUUGUGAUGAUUCAAAAUAUACAGAAAAAGGUCAACGAAAUGUAUACAGAUUAG